CCUUGGUCUAAGCACUAAGCACUUUCCAUUCAAACUUCAAACCCUCUCUCUAGUCUCUUCCUCUCAACACAAGCAUAGACACAAUGGCCAUCACAGCAUUCUCCACCAUUUCUCUUCUAGUCUUUGCCCUAUGCCUCCAAAGCACUUAUGGAGAUGAUGGAGGGUGGGUAACUGGUCAUGCCACAUUCUAUGGUGGGGGAGACGCUUCUGGCACAAUGGGGGGUGCUUGUGGGUAUGGCAAUCUUUAUAGCCAAGGAUAUGGGACUAACACUGCAGCACUCAGCACUGCUCUAUUCAACAAUGGCUUGAGCUGUGGAGCUUGUUAUGAGAUGCGAUGCAAUGAUGAUCCCAGAUGGUGUCUCCCUGGUACUCUCACCGUCACUGCCACUAACUUCUGCCCUCCUAACUCUGCCUUGUCUAACGACAACGGUGGGUGGUGCAAUCCUCCUCUUCAACACUUUGACUUGGCUGAGCCUGCUUUCUUGCAAAUUGCUCAAUACAAAGCUGGAAUUGUUCCCAUAGCAUUUAGAAGGGUCCCCUGUGUGAAGAAAGGAGGAAUAAGGUUUACCAUCAAUGGUCACUCUUACUUCAACUUGGUGUUGAUCACCAACGUUGGAGGCGCAGGAGAUGUUCAAUCAGUGUCCAUCAAGGGGUCUAACACAGGGUGGCAAACCAUGUCAAGGAACUGGGGCCAGAACUGGCAGAGCAAUAACUACCUCAAUGGACAAAGUCUCUCAUUCCAAGUCACCACCAGUGAUGGAAGGACUGUCACUAGCUCCGACGUGGUUCCAGGAAAUUGGCAAUUUGGACAGACAUUUGAGGGUGGUCAAUUCUAGAUUUUUUUUUUUACUUUUUUUUUUUUUUUACUGAUAUAUGUAUAUGUUCAAUUGGUAUUUAUGCCAUUGUUUGUGACAGUGAGGGUGUGAUACACAGGGUAGAGUAGAGGGGUCUUGGCCUACAUGGCUGUUUAUAGCUGAGGUGGCCUUACUGGCACCCGCUAGGCCUAUUAUAUAUUUAGUGAGAAUUUGUGACUUUGUGGGCUAUCACUCAUAAAGAAAACAUUGUCAUUCUAUCAAAUUGCCUUUUAUUUAAAUCAAGGCCAUCAAUUUCUCUGUAA